UUGGGUUGCGUGGGGGAGGGGAAAGAAAAUGGCGCCGAGCUGGAACAAGCGCCCGACUGCGAGGAAGAAAAGCAAUGUCCUGAGGAAUUUAUCCCGGCUGAAGAUAACUGGCCAAUUCUCGCACCGAAUGUUCCAAAAUUUGCCUCCCAUUCUUUGUGUUCCCCUGAAGAAUAUUGUGGAUGAUGAUUUUUUACUAGCUGGUCACAUAUUCCUUGGCUUUACAAAAUGUGGUCGGUAUGUGCUGUCCUACACUCGGGAUGUACCAGAGCAGGAUAUUGACGAAUUACCAUACUAUGUGUAUUACUUGUACUGGUGGAAGUUCAACAUUCAUGACAAGUUGAAAAAGGUGAGGCAAGUGCACCUUUUCAAAGAUCAGGAAGUGUACAGCGAUUUGUAUCUCACAGUGUGUGAAUGGCCAAGCGACCCCUCAAAGCUUAUCGUAUUUGGGUUCAACAUCCGUUCAGUGAAUGAUCUGCUGAUAAACAUGGUGAUGAGUGAUGAGAACGAUCGAGAUAUUUAUAUUACAACAGUUGCUACACCGCCACUUGCAUUCUGUCCUGACUGCAAGGACAUGGCUUUGCUUAAUGCAGAUGAGCAGAAUGCCUAUUGUCUACAGCAUGGCUUCAUGCUUCACACAAAGUACCAAGUGGUGUAUCCCUUCCCCACAUUUCAGCCUGCCUUUCAGCUCAAGAAAGAUGGAGUGGUGUUACUCAACACCAGCUACUCUCUGGUGGCUUGUGCUAUAUCUGUAAACACAACAGAUGAGAAAAGGCAGAUUCUGUACAGUAAGAGUAAUGAAAACACUGCACCUCCACAUCAUUCUGAGCUAGAUCCUAGUCUUAUGUUGCCAAUAAUGGAUGGUGUCAUGUCAAAUUAUCAUCAGUGUAAAGGUAUAAAUCAUCCUUCAUCCAGUGACGGAGGGCCAGACUGCAUCCUUCGCAAAGCUGACCCUAAUAGCUGUGUGCGCACUGAAUACUGUCCUGAGGAAAUGCUGAGCUGGGAAUUGAAAAGCUCGAAGCAUGGCGAACUGGCAGCAUGUAAUGCUUCCCACAGUGACCGAUCCUCUGCCGCCGGUAAAGCGAAGGAGUUUGCAGCUGACAUUUUUAGGCGAGCCAGAGCUGCCACGAGCACCGUGGAGGCACUGGAUAGUUUAAGCCAAGCUGAGUCCAAACCAAGGGAAGGUGUUCUACAAGGGAUAACCACAGAUGACUGUCACAGGGUCCUUAAUACGCAGAGAAAUGAGAUGUCCGAUUUCACCCUCUCCUCUUGUUCUUCCAAAGCAAAGUCAGAGAUUCAGUGUUCCGGUUGUGUUGCAGACACCUCUGACUCUGCUUUGAACUCUGAACAUUCACAUUCACAACUACUAGGCUGUGCUUCUAUUACACAAGGGAAUCCUGCACUGGGUAAUGGUGUAUUGUCUGCUGCUGAACUGAAGACUGAAAUGGCAAGUGAGUUGAUUCAGUGUGAGUCAGGUACAAUGAACAAUACUACCAGCCAACACCAUGAAACUGCACAAACAGAGCCUGGGUACGUGAACUAUAUAAAGCUGCAUUAUGUUUUGGAGCCUUCUGGCAUGGCUGCAGAUGAUGAUGAUGGAUAUGAUGAUAAGAUUUCACUGCAUUUUGUCGUGACUGACUUGAGGGGAAGGAAUCUGAAACCUGUUAAAGAAAGUGCUUUGUGUCAGGGCAAGUACCUCACUGUGGAGCAGCUGACACUCGAUUUUGAAUAUGUCAUUAAUGAGAUUAUAAGGAAUGAUGCAUCCUGGUCAAAGCGAUACUGUUCCUUUAGUGACUAUGAUAUUGUCAUUCUAGAGGUGUGCCCUAUAACCAACCAUGUCAUAAUUAACAUAGGACUGCUACUUUUGGCAUACCCUUCCGAUGAAGAAGGACAAAUAAGACCUAAGACCUAUCAUACUUCUUUGAAGGGCACGUGGAAUCUAAACACUGGUAUAUUUGCAACUAUGGGAGUUGGUGACUUAACUGCAGUGCAGGGGCAAACAAGUGGCAGUGUUUGGAGUACCUUCCGGAAAAGCUGUGUUGAUAUAGCAAUGCGAUGGCUGGUCCCUGAAAGCACCUUUCGCAAUGUUAACAGAAUGACAAAUGAAGCCCUGCAUAAAGGCCGCUCGCUGAAACGCUUGGCAGACAGUGGUCGCAGCAUGUGGAUUGUCCUGUAGUGGUGACAAUUACAGCCAUCCAUUUCACCAACAAUUAUUUAGAAGGGAGCAAAGAAGAGCCCGGAUUUUCAGAACAAAGUCAGCCACAAAUUGGUGGUUUGAGAAGUUUCAUAUUUUUAAAGCAGCUACCUCUUAUUCCAUUUUUUUUUUUCUUCAGUCAUUCCUUCUCAGGCCCAAAGAUGAGGCCAGGCUCUUGGAGGUUAUAAAACACAUGAACUUUGUAAAAGUUAAAGUAUCUUCCAAGUGUGUGCAAGAUAUUCAAUAUUUUGGGGUUUUUGAGGGUGAUACAUAUCUCACAACUACUGCCAUCCCACCCCCAUACCAAAGUGUUGAUGUCUGCAUUACCUCAGCAUGUAAUUUCGAAUUUUGUUAGUUUGUAUUAUGUCAAAGUCUUUGAGAGACUCCAGGCCGUUUAACUGAAGUGUUCAUUUUUUAAAAAAUGUAGUUUAUCAUAUUUAACACUAUUUAGGAUCUAAUUUGAAAAUGCAAAGAGCUGGUUGUAUUCCUUCCUUAAAUCCUUCCAGUUCAUUUUUUUUUCUGACCAGGAUCAGUAUCUGUCACUGGAGGGCAUGUGAACUCUGCACAGUGAGGUGAACAUUCCCUGAGUAAAAUAACCCUAUGGAAUUCUUGAUUUGGCAGGAUCCCGGGUACUGAGUUGUAUAACAAUUUCAUGUUAAGCUGUUGCAGAGUGUAAUGUGUUCCUCCCCU